GGCCUGGUAACUAGGAGAAAAACUCUUGGGGAGAAGAAGAAGGAGGAGGGGGGAACGACAACGGGUAGCUGGGGCAGGAGGUCAGGAUUAUUUUCAGGACCCAAUUAUGAGUGAUCAAAUCAAAUCAAUUGUUGAGAAGCUCAAUAAGGAGCCUUUUAAGAAGAACUAUAAUUUAAUCACAUUUGACUCACUGGAGUCAAUGCAGCUAUUGCAGCUUCUCAAUGAUGUUCUGGGGGAGAUUGACCCAAAGCAUGUUGUUGACAUAAGAGAGGAGAUGCCAGAGCAAACAGCUAAACGAAUGUUGAGCCUUCUUGGUAUCCUUAAAUACAAACCUCCAAGAAGUAUUACUGACUUGAGUACAUUCCGCCAGGGUUUAGUUAUUGGAAGCAAACCUGUGAUUCAUCCUGUCUUAUACUGGCUCCUUCAACGGACUAAUGAACUCAAGAAAAGAGCCUAUCUGGCACGUUUCUUAAUUAAACUUGAAGUGCCAGCUGAGUUUCUUCAGGAUGAUACUGUGGCCGACACCAACAAACAGUAUGAAGAUCUGAUGGAAGCCUUUAAAAACUUGCAUAAGGAAUGUGAGCAGCUCAAGACUUCUGGCUUCUCCACUGCAGAAAUAAGACGGGAUAUCACUGCAAUGGAAGAGGAGAAGGAUCAGCUCAUCAAGAGAGUGGAGCGUCUUAAGAAGAGGGUGGAGACGGUGCAAAACCAUCAACGAAUGCUUGAAAUAGCAAGACAGCUUCGAGUAGAGAAAGAGAGAGAAGAAUCUUUAGCCCAGCAGAAGCAAGAACAAAAGAAUCAGCUGUUCCACGCAGAGCAGAGGCUGCAAAGAGUGCAGCUCCAGCUGAAAGAUAUGCAACAUGCAGUCGUGGAUUCAAAACCUGAAAGCUUAAUGAAGAGACUGGAAGAGGAGAUAAAGUUCAAUUCAUAUCUGUGCUCUGAAAAAUUUCCUAGAGAACUAGAAAGUAAGAAGCAAUCAUUGUAUUUCCUACAAAAAGUGGUUUCAGAGCCAGCUAUGGGUCAAUCUGAUCUCAAUGAACUUGAAACUAAGAUAAAUGAAGUCAAUGCUCAAAUUAAUCAAUUGAUUGAAAAGAGAAUGAUGAAAUAUGAGCCAAUUGAUAGUAAAUUUUCCAUGUAUCGACAACAGGCAUCCAUCAUUUCUCGGAAGAAAGAAGCCAAGGCAGAAGAGCUUCAGGCUGCCAAGGAGGAGAUGUCAAACAUGGAGAGGCAAAUGUUACAAAAAGCAACCCAGGCCCGUGAGUUGGAUGGCACAGAAGUUUUGAAAGGUGAUGAGUUUAAACGAUAUGUUAAUAAACUUCGAAGCAAGAACACAUUUUAUAAAAAGAAACGUCAAGAAAUAGCAGAAAUUACAGCCGAGUACGGUAUCCUACAGCGAACAGAAGAACUCCUAAAACAACGUCAUGAGGCUAUUCAGCAACAGUUGCAAGCUAUUGAGGACAAGAAGGGUAUCUCUGGAUACAGUUACACACAGGAGGAGUUGGAGAGAGUAUCUGCAGCAAAGAGCGAGAUGGAUGAAAUGAAGGGACGAACAUUAGAUAACAUGUCUGAAAUGGUAAAAAAACUGAAUGCUAUGGUGGCAGAUAAGAAGUCAAGCUUAGCUCCAAUUAUCAAAGACUUGAGACAGUUGCGGCAGAACUGUCAGGAGUUAACCCAAGAAUGUGAUGGAAAAAAAGGCCAGUAUGACAGCUGUGCAGCAGGUUUAGAAAGUAAUCGCUCCACACUUGAACAGGAAGUAAAAGGGCUGCGUGAGGAGUGUAUUCAGGAAGAAAGCUGCUAUCAUCAUACUAACUGCAUGAAAAAGAAUCUAGAAAUACAACUUCAACGUGCUAAAGAUGAGAUGAAGACAUAUGUUUCCCCAGAUCCACAAGACAGAAGAAAAGCAAUUAGAGAACAAUAUACACGAAUGAUCCUUGAACAAGAAAACCUUGGGAAGAAACUACGAGAGAAACAAAAAGCUGUGCGGGAAAGUCAUGGACCAAAUAUGAAGCAAGCUAAAAUGUGGCGGGAUUUUGAGCAACUGAUGGAGUGUAAGAGAGAGUGUUUUCUAAAGCAACAAAAUCAAACUUCUGUUGGUCAAGUCAUUCAGGAAGGUGGCGAGGAUAGGCUGGUAUUAUGAAUUCGUUUAGAAUUCCUGCUUCUUACCCCGUCAUUUCCUCAGAUCGUUCAAUUGAAUAUUGCUUUGUUUUCUCACUGUUUCUACAUAGGUUACUUUUAAGUUAUUUAUUUUCAGUGGGUAAUAUAAGGUUGAAAUGAACUUUCAUGCAAAAAAACCUCUACAUUAUUUAAGUGCCAGGUUAACGGCUUAAGUCAUAUGGAGGGUCUUCGGUGAGCCUUCUGCACUGAGGUGAAUUUCACUGUAAAGUCUAUGGAUCUUCCCAAAGAAACCAAGGGGACAGAAUCCUUUCCCAAGGCCACAGAAAGCUGGUAGAGCUGCUCUUCAGCUGUUACUGUCGCCCUAACACUACAUUUCUCAGGGGAAAGGAUAGGAAGUUCUGGUCCACCCAUUUCCUAGCUCGGCCCUCUCCUUCCUGCCUUGCCUGAAUUCAUUCACUAUGUGCUGGUAAGCAUGGAGCCAUUGCAGAACCAAGCUCCACGCCAUGCCAAAGGUGCGCACACUCCACUCCCAAUCUCCUUACGCAACUGAAGUAAACUGAUUGUGCUGCCAGAGGGACCCUUCAUUGGCACAAAGACAGAAGCAGGAUUUGAGAACAAUUACUUGGAUUCUGAGCUUUUUCCACUUUUUUCUUUUUAAAUAUGUGCUGUCUUCUAACUUUGCCCUGUGGUUGUAUGUUACCCUCAUGAACUUAAACUGGGGCCUAGUAAGAAAUACAGGCCUAGGGUUUCCCCUGCACUGAGGCAGCUUUGUGCUGCUUUAUUUAUGCAAAGUGAUUCUAAAGCAGUGAUAGCUGCCCACAGGAGGAUCAUCCCAGUGUAGGGGCAAUCCUCCAGUGAUGUAGAUCUGGCCCAAUUCUUCCGACAUAAAUUAGGAAAUGGAGAAGUGUUUGUGGACAAGACUUCCCUGCACCCUGACUAGUUGUCAGAAUAGCCCCUGGAGGUCACUGGCAGCCUUCAGACUGUUCUGAGACUUCAGUGGAUCCAUCUGGUGCACAGCUGGCCCAGGAUCAGAGGAGUGCAAAAAUGGCUUGAAACUCUCCUUCACCCCUCCUGAUUUUUGCUGUGCACUCCUUGGCCAAACAGACAAGGGUCAGAGCUAUAAAGUUAUGUCAUGAAGAUCAAAAUUCUUACUGCUUUUCUUAUUUUCUUUUGGCCUGUAGAAAAGCCAUUUGGAAAUUUCUAUCCUGUUUGAAAUAAAAUUGACCUAAUUUUUAAUAGUACCUUCAGUGUUACUUUGGAUAUAACAAGUAUUUUAGCCUUCUCUGAUAUUUAACUAUACAUCCACUUGCUGCUUUUUGUGUGAACCCCUUCCCUAACCUGUAUUUGCAUUAAAUAUAUUUAACAGAAAUAGAAGAAAAAAAAAUCUGGUGUCUAUAGUGUGGCUUUGUAAUUUUUUAAAAGUUUCUUUAGUUGAUAGAAGUAAUUGAACAGUCAUUAUUAAAGGCAAGGGCCUAAGAGGAAGAAGGCGUUUGAAAAGCUCAGAUUCACUUCACAGAGUUAUUUCCAAAUUCUCCCUUUGGCAGCAAAAAGUGUUUGCAGCCAUGCUAAGAAAACAAAGCCUUCAAAUCCCGCACAACCCUAAGAUUUGCCUGGAGACAGGGUACAGUCCCCUCUCAUCCCAAUGUGGGGCCCUGCCCCUUGGCUCCUCUUUCCCCUUCAGGAUAGAUCAAGGGACUCUUUCUCCGCAGCUACACACUAACCUUCUCUCCAAGGAUAGGUAGAAGCUGCAAAGGGUUAAGCAGCAUUAACUCCUAUGCAGAUUUUCACUGGUUUGGAGGGAAGCCUGCUGUGUAGGGGGUGGACCUUAGGUAGAUUUACAAGCAGCUGGGAGAGCAUGUCUCAUUACCACCAUGUGCCUCUUCCACAAUUUGAGUGCCCUACAUGGCAAAAGGAGGAUUGUCUUAAGGUUAAGGCACUGGACUGAAACUAUAUCAAACAAUGUGCUCGGAGCAAGCUCCACAAAAUGGCAGCAGACUCUGUGGUAUGGGGAAACCCAGUUCCAGGAAUAUCUUUAGGUUCUUCUCUUGCUAGCCCAGUAUUUAUUAAUUAUUACUUAUUUAUUUACAGUGCUCUGGUGCCAAAUGGAGCUGAAGAAAGUUAUGGGAGUUACAUACUUGGCCUUUUGAGGAAGAGUUAUAGGCAUCUUGUUGAAUGCUUGUCAUCAACAGUGGAAUAGCAUGGCCAUCUAGACAGGAGAUAUAUUAGGGGGAGCCUGGGAUGAUCUCCAGAAAAGGGGCAUUUGGAUUCCUUAGGGGUCAGGUGCAGUGGUGAAGGAGAACACAUGCUCCAAAGCCACAGAAAAGGGGGGAGGGGAGAGGAUGAGGGAAGGAUGUGCACAUGAAACAAAUACUUAAGAAAAUCCCAAACUCUAAAAUCACAUUAAAUCAUUUAGACAUCUCUUUUUUAUAUGGCAUUGCCAGUUACGCAGGAGUUAUGCUUUUAUAGGAAAUCUAUAGGAGUAAUGUACAGUCCAACUGGAUGUAAUUUUUUUUCUGUUCACGGUUACCCUGAAAGCAGAGUCUCUUUCUUUUUAAAAACAAGUUAUUGGUAGUUGAUUUAAGAUUACAUGAUGGUUGCACUGAUUUAAUUAGUGCGGCAUCAUUCUUACAGCAUCAGAAUGACUUGCUGAAGCGAAGCAGAAAAUCAUAAUUACUCUAAGAAAAGACAAUUGGAAAAACUAAAAAGCUGUUACAGUUAUUUUUAGCCUUUAUAUAAGUGGACAUUUAAUGCGGGUUUAAUGGAUUCUGUUCAGUGGCUUUUCCAACCAGUUAGUGAUUUGAUGGGAGCAUUCAAAAAUCUUUGACUGAUUCUGACAGUUAAUUUCUUCUGCUGGUAAUUUACAAAGAAGAAGCUUAUUAUCCUUUGCUCUAUUAGUAUUAAUAGUCUAGCUGAGAUUACAAAUACAACUUGGAAAAUCACCUGCCUUUUACUUGUGAAGAUCCAAAUAACAAAAAAAUGUAGCCAGUGAAAUUCUGUGUUUCUGUACUUUUAAAAAUGUCUUCCUAUUAAGACACCACUCUUGCUAACAGUUGCUAGGACCAACUGCAUACACUGAUUCCAGAGACUAGUACCUAUCUUUACCCAGAAUUAAAUCAGGAGAUAAUCCAACUUUAAAGGCUGUUUGUGUUCCAUAGCAUUGCAUGGUUUUGUCAUGCAAGCUUAACACUGAUUCAAGGGAUGUCCUUUUCAAGAGUUACAGGCAACUCCCAAAUGAGUAAGCACUAUGAAUAGGGAAAUCAGAAAUGGGCAUGAGCAAACUUAUUUGGCUUGUUACAUAACCGAUCAGUUAAUACUUUUAUCAUCUGGAUUUCACAUGCUCAUUUGUUUCCUCAAUAUUAGCAGUUACCAUUUUGCUUCUAUUAGAGCAUUAAUAGAGGAGAAUAUUAGAAUAUCCCCCAAAUGGCUCAAUCUGCAAACACUAUAUAUAAACAUAUAACUUUACUUACGUGAUUAGUACAAGUGAGCAAUUCACAUAUGUAAAGCUGUCCACCUGCUUAAGUGUCUGUAGGCUUGAGCUCUAUAGCUGAAUUUUAUUAUGUUUAAAUACGUUAAAUUUUUGGUAGAUAUAAAGUACAAAAAAAAUCUGAAGAAAAAUCUAGUUCAAUUAAGACCUGUGAGAAUGUCCUGAUUAAUUAAAAUUGAUAGUAUAAUUCCCAGUAUGUAAUAUAAAAUCUGUUCUUAUGGUGACCAGAUGGCCUGGGGAACUGGAAAUGGGAUACAGAGCCUUUCACCUUUAGAUCACUGUUCCAUAUCUGGCCCAGAUCAGCAGUAGCUGAAAGUCACUACUACCUGGAGGCUGUCCUCAGCUCAGUUAAGUAUGCAUAAUGAGUUGGCAGUAUCAGGCCAGUUCCUAAAUCACUGUGGCAGCUGGCAAAGUUUGGCAACCCUAUAGCCAUUCUCAACAACAAGGUAGGCACAGGAUUGAUAGGGCCAUGGAGACCAACCUACCCUGUCACCAUAGGUGUCCCCGCCAGACGAGGGUUGUGCCAAACUGGCAUGGCAGAGGGUGGGAAGAUUCUUGUAUCUGCUUUAUGGAUAAAGAGAACUACAGACUUGAUGCCUGUAAAUCUGGCACCUUUCAUUAGCGCUGUAUUCGCUCAGAUUUAAAUGACCACUCCCCCACAAAUAACUUGUUCUCUGUAUGUCGUAUGUUAUUUAUAUCAGCAGGUUUCCUGCUGAAGAAACCAUGUUAACUCUUCAGCUGCCUUUCUGUUCUGGCGUUUGUUCCAGCCUCAGAAGGGUAGCAGAAUGCAACAAUUUUCUUGGACAUGUGAAUGCUCCAGUAGGGAAGUAUUGCAUGGAUCAGCUUUGGAGGUGUCUAUUUCUCAAGGUAUGAGCUGCAUGAGGCAACACCCAAAUAAUUAGGUAGUUAAAUAGUCUCAAAAUGUGGCCUAUUUUAAACUUGUUUUAAUAUGAAGAGGAAGAGGCCUCUGGAUCCUGAAUGUGUGACCCAUACAAACCCAAUUUUUCUGCUCUUGUGCUCCCUAUGUUCGUUCUGCAGCAGCAGUUUCCCGACAUCAUCGCUAACCUAUCUUUAACUAAAACAUGGCAGGGGAUGAUUUUUCACAAACAAUUGUACUGUGCUGCUUUCAGUGAUUUUUGGUAUACAAACAAGGAAGUAUUGUAAGCAAUUGGGGCGAUGAUAACUUAAUGCCCCAUUAGAAGGAGAGGGUUGUAGGAAAGGCAGAGCAAAAAUUCCUACAUAGUUGAAAUAAAAUCAGCAAGGAAUUGUGGGUCAAAUCCUACAGUCCUUCUGACAAAAUUCUUGUUGACUUCAAUUGGAAUUUUGCCACAAUAAGGUCUGAUGGAGUUAGCCCUGUGUUCUUUUUCCUGGCCAAACAUCAGUAGUUAAAGGGACAAUGUAAAACUUUAAAAGAAUAAAUUUAAAAAUAUAUAUUCUUGCCUAAAAUAAUGGUCUUGAUCCUGCUGAAGACUCCCACUAAAGUGGGACACUUUAAUUAAAAGACCUGAAAUUUAUUAAAGAUUUUCGCAGCAUGAAAGAUAAAAAGAGGCCAGAUGGUAUCACUUUAGUUUGUAGUUGAUGUCUAUUCAGUCUCACUGUCAGGUUCUCAUGCAGUAGCACAAUUCUGCAAUGUUUAAAAAAAUUAAAUUAUUGCUUUUUUAUUUUAUUUCAUGGAAAUAUUUAUUUUCAUGAAUGGUAAAAAAAAGAAAAUAAAAGAAUUUUCCCCAUUUUUCCCCAUUGUUCUUAGCUUAGAGAAAAACACAAUUUUACAAAAUGUGUGGAAAACUUGAUCCAAACAUGUCCCUUUAACAAAAUCCUAUUCCCAGAGCAAUGCAAAUAACAUAUAAUAUAGCCACAAAGAAAAUGAAACAAAACCCUUCAGGUUAGCUGCAACUCUGCUGAAAACACAGAAUCAGUAUCUGCCAAAUGGAUUAAGGUCCUGAUCUUGCAAUUGGAUCCACAGAGGCAGAGCGUAUGUCUGCGCAGAGCUCUAUUCAAGUCAAUAAAUACUGAAUAAAAUCACAUUUUUAAGCUUUUGAUUGCAACUGUUAGAGUUUUUAAAAAGCACCCAUUAACACAGUAAGAACGUCACAGUGUCUCUUUUUGGAAUGUAAUAAAGCCAGAUCCUGCACGCUUUGGCAAAACUAAUCCUAGCGAAGCGUUUGGCUUAUAGGAGUAGGGCAAACAGGAUUUGACCAAUAUUUAAUGAUAAAUUCUUCUCGCUCACUGCUCCCAUCCCUUUGACUGGCGAGGAAACUGUCCUCGUUAUUUUACAAAUAAUGAACCACAAACACAUGCAUUUUAUGCAAAUAAUAAAGAUGUAUGAGGGAAUCAUGCAGAAAUUGGCCAAGUAAUGUUUUGUUUUUAAAUUAUGCAAAUGAUGCAUUAGAGAUGAAUAAACAGUUAGAGAAGAUACUGGGUUAAGUGAGAUUUUUGAUAUGGUUUAAAAGCAUUAGUUUUUUUAUUUAAAAAUAAUUCAAUUUAACAAUUGAAAGUCUGAGGCUAUAAAACGUUAAGUGAAAAAUUCAGAAUCUUAUUUGAUUUACUCCAAUGGAGCAUUAGCUGGACAGUAACAUGUUUAGACGUGGCUGUUGCAAAUGGAAAUGUCAGGUCCAUAAAUGAAGAAUUAAGUGAGGAAGAGUUGAUUGACCCAAGAUUUGAGAAGUUAAAAUUGUGUGAGAAUUAUACAUAUUGCAUAUUGGUGAUCAACUGACUUUUAAACUGUACAUUCUCCAAAUGCUGAACUCUUUCAAUACAAUUAAUGUUUUACAAUUUAUUUGUAGAUUGUUGUAUUAACCUUGCUUUAGUCUGUCAUAUUUUUAUUAUAUAAAAAUGUAUUUUUUAAAC